GAGUCUCGCCUGAAUCCUCUCUUUGCCCCCCCUUCAUCGAGCAAUCAUUGAUCUGCCCCUGUUCACGAUCCUCGAUCCGAUUAGACAGGUUGCCAGUAUCGAAUCUGACUCGGCAAAUGUCGCACUACGAAGGCGAUAGUCAAGCACUCUUCGGAGAGCUCGAAUGCUAAUAGGAGAUGCGAAGCUCGAUGCCGGGCAAACGAAACAUUCCAGUGAUCUCGUAUCAGCGACCCCGGGAGUACCCUAACAUAGUGUGUAUAUCGAACUCUUGGUACGUUACUCUAUGUGUUAUCUACAUAUGUCCAAUUUGACAACAUACAGCUAGUAUUGAGCGAGCUGAUUACUGAAAUGAGUCCCAUUUUCGGUGCCUUUGUCUUUACCUUAAUCACUUUCUUUAAUGAAAUUGAAACAGCAGAUUGGGUCACAAAGAAGCUCAUAACUAAGCUAAAUAAACUCCAAAUCACUGAAACUUCUGAGAAAGAAGAGAAAGAAUCACGCGAAUUCUCACACAUGCUAAACAGGCUGAAACUCACCAAAGAGAUCGCGCCUAAACCUGAAAUUGCGCCUAAACCUAAAACAGCGCCUAAACCUAAAACCGCGCCUAGACCUGAAGCCGCGGUUACACCUAAACCCGCGCCUAAACGUAAACCCCAACAUGAACCGAAUUAUGAGCCUAGAAAAAGAAUAACACCUGAUAAGGACAUUAAGCUUCCUCCAUUUCGACAUGAAGUGGAUCCAUCAGGGAUCAAUGCUUUUGAAGUGUUUCUGAACCAUUAUAGACGCUUUCCUCAACCUCCACCUCAAGUUGGGGUUGAUGCUCUUACUCUGUAUGAACAAACUUAUAAUCAAAGGCCUCAUCAUCCUCCAUCAUUGACAGGAAAUAAUGGUUUUCAUAAUUUGCAUCAAUAUCAUGGUGUGAUUUCUCCAAGUGAGCCCUUUUUACCAUCAACAAAAAAUUAUGGUGAUGAUCUUCUGCAUCAAUCUUAUGGUGUGAUUUCUCCAAAUGGGUCUUCUUUUAAUCCACCACUAUCACAGAAUUACGGUCAUGAUCAUUUUCUUCAAUCUGAUGGUGUCAUUCCUCCAAGUGUGCCUGCUUCUGAACAUCAAAGUUUUCAGGAUCAUCAGUCGCAUCAUUUUUAUUCGUCAGAUUCACAGAGGAUUAAUCAUUUGAAUGAGUAUCCAAGAAAUCAGUAUACGUGUCAAUUGGGAGGAUCUGAAUCCGACCAUGGCUGGCUCUAUCACCAUCAAAAGUAAAACUUCUGAUUAAAUAUGCCAACUCAAUUGAUUGUAAAAAUGGAUAAAAAGCAAAUAGUUAAUAAUAUAAUGUCCCUGGA